AUGAUUUUAACUCGAGAUGAUAUCGAUCCAUGUAAAUUAUGUAAUGUACUUGCUCCAAUAUUCAUAUGCGGCUUUUUCGGCAAUAUCAUUUGUAUAAUCGUUUUUCUUCGUCGUCGCUUUCGUGUACGUUCAAUUAGUGUUUAUUUUAUUGCUUUAUUUUUUAUUGACUGUAUGCUUCUAUUCAUUUCACACGUGGCAAAAAUGUUAAUCUUUGGUGCUGCCGAGUCUUGUUGGUUUAAUAUAUUUCUCUCGAAAUUCAUCGAUUUGAUACGUUAUAAAGAUAUGCUCAAUCACGGAGUACUCUCCGUGCUGACGUAUAACACAACGUACACGCAAAUUUCCAUGUUAAUCUUCAUGUUCAUGUCUAUCCAACGUGUGAGAACAUUCUCAUCGAUAUCAUAUCGUGAGAGUCGUAUGUGUGCAUUCAUGUUAACGUUGAUUGCGUUCGUCUAUGGGAUUAUCGUGUCAUACAUGCAAUUAUAUGAUGGAUUUUGUAUAAAACAAUUGGAUCUCACUAAAGAGCAAACUAAUACCAUCGAUGCACUAAUGGACGACGCACAAUACACAUACGACAAGCAAUGUUUACCAAAAUCUUUCAGUAACAUAUCAGUAUUCGAUUCUACUACUAUUUAUCAUCAUUAUUCAAUAUCAUCCGAAACGAAUGAAUCGUUGAAUAGUAGUAUUGAUCCAAUGUGUCACGUCAAACCCGAUUGGCAUCGUACACGUCAUCAGACUGUUGCAUAUGUUUAUCUUCAAUCAUAUAUGUCAAUUGAUUGGCCAGAUGAAUAUGCUAAUCGUUCGAUGUGUGAUGUUGACUAUAAACUGCCGGAUCAUCUUCUUUUAGCAAUCAAUAAUUUAACUCGGCCAUGGUUACAAUCGCGUCCAGAAAAAGACUAUUUUCUCGAACAUCAAUUUUGCGCUCAAUCGUUUCAUUUCAUUGAAUCAUACGCGAAUUGUUCGUUUCCAUUGUCAGCAAAAACAUUUCAAAAGUAUUAUCAGUUUCUCUACGAUCGUCGUCUAUCAUUAAAAAAUCGUUAUACCAUUGGCUUUAUUAUCGGAACAUUUAUACCUUCAUUUAUAUGUAUUUUAUCAUCAUUCAUAUGUCUUUAUUACAUAGCUAAUCAACCAUUAAUUCGUAAACAUAGUCAUUCGCGCGCAGAACUACGUUCUUUAUCGCUGAUUCUAGUCGAGAUUUUACUAAGUCUGAUGAGUGCAUUACAGUCCUAUAUAAUUAAUUUUUUUACCUGUCAUGGUUUACUAUUUCGUAUGCAAUCAGAUAAUUGUUAUGGCCCGUCAAGUGAUAAUAUUCUACCGAUGUUUCUUGGUAGCAUUCUGGAAUUGUUUACAUCGACAUCUAACAUUCUGAUUUUGAUGAUAUGCGGCGCACAAUUUCGCAAUGAAUUAAUCGAAAUUCUACAUUUGACCAAGUUCUUUUCCAAAGAAAAACAACGGCAAAGUCGAACAGACGAAAGUAAAAUCACUGCGCAUAGGCCAUCCGCAGUGACAUUACCGCUUCGAAUAACUCUCCCAUCACCAUUGAUACACAAUGACCUGAGUAAACGACUGACUAGCUCUCACGAUCCAUCCAUGGAAUCAUUUCUCAUGUCAGGGCAUAACAAAGACGAUCUAAGUGUGACAGAAACAGAGCAACAGUCCGAAGAAACAAGCCUGUGUUUAAUAAAGUUAACCAGUGUGUAA